AUGGCGGACAAAUCUGAGCCCCGAGAGCAGAAUACGACGGACGGUGGCAAUGGCCGCCCAAGUCAUGAAAGCGAUCUCAAGGUUGUUGAGGUGCAUCAGGUCGAGGGCAUCGAUCCCACUCAUGCUGCGAUCAUGGCAACGAACAAGCCUAAUCAGUGGGGCAAGGGCUAUAUCAGAUUGUAUAUGCUGGCAGCAUGCAUCUUUCUGAACUCUACGAUGAACGGGUUUGAUGCGUCGUUGUUAGGCUCGAUUAAUGCUCUUCCCAAUUAUACUUCGUACUAUAACCUACCCAAGAAAGGCGCAACAAGUACCGGCAUCGUCUUUGCGAUCUACCAGGUCGGACAAAUGGUUGCCUCAUUCUUCAUUUGGAUCGCCGAUUGGAAGGGGCGUAAAGUCCUUAUCUUCAUUGGUGCAGUUGGAGUCUGCAUUGCCACCGUGAUCACUGCGACAGCGAAGACACUCCCUAUCUUCAUCGGUGGACGAUUCUUGCUCUCCUACUUCGCCACACUGGCUCACAUGGGAGCGGUCCUGUAUCUCGUGGAGAUGGCACCCACCAGAUAUCGCGGCACACUUGCUGGCUUGUACAACACCUUCUACUACUUUGGCUCCAUCCUUGCAACCUCAGCCGUUUAUGGAGCACACUUACACUUGUCGCACAGAGGCAAUGAUGAUUGGAGGAUCCCACUGUGGUUGCAGAUGGUGUGUCCAGGUAUCGUAGCCAGUAUUGUUCUAUUCUUCCCGGAGUCUCCCCGAUGGUUGGUCGCGAAGGACAGACACGAGGAAGCCAGAGCGGUCAUUGCUAGAUACCAUGCCAACGAUGAUGCUGACCACCCCCUCGUAACUUUGGAGAUGAAGGAGAUGAUCACCUCGUUGCAGUAUGAGGGCAUGACCACCUGGAAGGACUUCUUCAAUUAUAAAUCCUUGGUCAAAACAAGAGGCCGCAGAUAUCGACUGAUGCUGAAUGUGACAUUUGCCUGGUUUGGCCAGUUCUCAGGAAACAACAUCGUAUCCUACUACCUACCAACUCUACUUGCCAAUGUCGGCAUCACAGAUACCAACAUGAAACUGCUCCUCAACAUCAUCUACGCCUUGGAUGGCUGGAUCUUCGCAACGAUAGGAACUCGUUUCCACGAUGUCAUUGGCCGCAGGAAAAUGUUCAUGAUCUCAACCAUGGGCAUGGCCAUCGCAUUGUCAAUUACAGCAGGUACCGCAGCGGAUUUUGUCAACACCGGGAGCAAGACUUCCUCGUCUGCCAGUAUCGCAUUCAUUUACAUCUUUGGUGGAAUAUUCGCAUUCGCAUUCACAUCCAUGCAGCCUAUUUAUCCGACUGAAGUCAUGACGAACGACAUGCGCGCAAAGGGCGCACAAUCGUACAAAUUGAUUUCUGGUGCCUCUGGCUUCUUGAAUACAUUCGUUGGUCCGAUUGCCCUCCAAAAUAUUGGUUAUUGGUUCUAUGUCUUCUUCGUGUUCUGGGACAUUUUCGAGUUCAUUUUCAUCUAUUUCUUUUACGUGGAGACAAAAGGCGUCUCGCUUGAAGAAUUGGAAGUCAUCUUUGAAUCCAAGAAUCCGCGCAAAGCAAGUACCGCCGUCAAGAAAGUGAAACAACGGACAUUUGUAAACGCUGAGGGCAAUAUUGAAACGGAGACAAAGGAGGUGGUGUGA